AUGGCGGCGGCGGGAGCCAUGGAACGGAGCUUUAUGGAGAUCAGCGGAGCUGAACGCGAAAGGCCGAGGCAUUUUCGGGAAUUAACAGUCUGCGGCGUUGGGACUGUGCCUGCUGUGGCCGGAGCGGUGAAAUACGGAGAGAGCGCGGGAGGCUUCUGCUAUGUGGAAAGUGGCAGAUUAUUCGCAGUCACCAGAAACAGGUUCAUUCAUUGGAAAACCUCAGGAGAGACAUUGGAGCUGGUGGAAGAGUCACUAGAUGUAAACCUGUUGAAUAAUGCAGUUCACCUCAAAUUCCAAAACUGCAGUGUCUUACCCGGAGGAGUGCAUGUCUCUGAGACGCAGAAUCAUGUGAUCAUCUUGAUAGUAACCAACCAGACAGUACACAGAUUACUUCUGCCACACCCUUCUCGGAUGUAUAGGAGUGAGUUGGUAACUGAAAGUCAGAUGCAGUCAAUAUUCACUGACAUUGGAAAGGUUGAUUUCAGGGAUCCGUGCAACAAUCAGUUAAUUCCAACUGUCCCAGGACUUUUCGCUAAUUCUACUGCCUCCGCAGCCUGGCUCAGUAUUGAUGGAGAGGCCCUGUUUGCACUUCCAUCUGCUUCUGGGGGCAUCUUUGUCCUUAAACUACCUCCUCAUGACAUACCUGGGAUGAUGUCAGUCGUGGAACUGAAACAGAGUUCAGUGAUGCAGCGCUUACUUACAGGCUGGAUGCCAACAGCUAUCAGGGGUGACCAUGGCCCAUCAGAUCGUCCUGUCAGUCUUGCUGUUCACUGUGUUGAGCAUAAUGCCUUCAUCUUCGCUCUGUGUCAGGAUCAUAAACUACGAAUGUGGUCUUUUAAGGAUCAGAUGUGCCUAAUGGUGGCUGACAUGCUGGAGUAUAUCCCUGUGAAUAAAGACCUGCGGCUCAUCGCUGGGACUGGACACAAACUGCGGCUUGCUUACUCCCCUUCCUUGGGGCUCUACCUGGGAGUAUACAUGCAUGCACCAAAGCAUGGACAGUUCUGCAUCUUCCAAUUGGUGACCACUGAGAAUAACCGCUAUAGUUUGGAUCACAUUUCCUCACUCUUCACUUCUCAGGAGACACUGAUUGACUUUGCCUUAACCUCCACGGAUAUCUGGGCCUUAUGGCACGAUGCUGAGAACCAGACAGUUGUGAGAUACAUCAAUUUUGAACAUAAUGUUGCAGGUCAGUGGAACCCAGUUUUCAUUCAGCCUUUACCAGAGGAAGAGGUCAUCAUCAGAGAUGAUCAAGACCCCAGAGAGAUAUACUUACAAAAACUUUUUGCACCAGGACUAUUUGUAAAUGAAGCUUUAUGUAAAGCUUUACAGAUUUUUUGCCGAGGAAGUGAAAGAAAUCUGGAUCUUUCUUGGAGUGAACUAAAGAAAGAAGUCACUUUAGCUGUUGAAAGUGAGCUCCAAGAAAAUGUGACAGAGUAUGAAUUCUCCCAAGAGGAGUUCAGAAGUUUGCAGCAGGAAUUCUGGUGCAAGUUCUAUGCCUGUUGUCUUCAGUAUCAGGAAGCUCUCUCUCGUCCUCUUGCCCUGCACUUAAAUCCACAUACAAAUACGGUGUGCCUGCUGAAAAAGGGAUACCUGUCUUUCCUUAUGCCCUCCUCCUUAGUGGACCAUUUGUAUCUCCUGCCUGAUGAGAACUUUUUGACUGAGGAUGAGACAGCCAUAUCUGAUGAUGUGGAUGUUGCUCGGGAUGUCAUGUGUCUUAUAAAAUGCCUGCGGCUGAUUGGAGAGUCGGUAACUAUGGAGAUGUCAGUUAUGAUGGAAAUGAGUUGUUAUAACCUACAGUCCCCAGAAAAGGCUGCAGAACAGGCUGUAGAAGAUAUGAUCACUAUUGAUGAUGAAUCUAAUCUUCAACAUUUAUCAGUACUGGACCUCACAGACUCGGCUGCUUUAAUGGCAAGUAAAUUUGUAUCUAGCCCUCAGACAGUUGUGGAGUUAUUCUUCCAAGAAGUUGCAAGAAAACUCAUUAUAUCUCAUCUCUUCUCACAACCAAAGGCACCUCUGACCCAAAGUGGAUUGAAUUGGCCUGAAAUGAUUACUGCAGUUACCAAUUAUUUCUUGCAACUUUUAUGGCCUAGCAAUCCUGGUUCUCUCUUUUUGGAGUGCUUGAUGGGAAAUUGUCAGUAUGUGCAAUUACAGGAUUAUAUUCAAUUGAUCCAUCCCUGGUGUCAAGUCAAUGUUGGUUCCUGUCGAUUUAUGCUGGGACGGUGUUACCUGGUUACAGGAGAGGGACAGAAGGCUCUGGAAUGUUUCUGCCAGGCAGCAUCUGAAGUGGGCAAAGAGGAAUUCUUGGAUCGCUUGAUUCGCUCAGAAGAUGGGGAAAUUGUGUCCACCCCCAGGAUGCAAUAUUAUGAUAAGGUUUUGCGUCUAUUAGAUGUUGUUGGUUUGCCUGAACUGGUUAUUCAGCUGGCUACGGCGGCAGUAACAGAAGCCGGAGAUGACUGGAAAAGUCAGGCCACUUUAAGAACAUGCAUUUUUAAACAUCAUUUAGAUUUGGGUCACAACAGCCAAGCAUACGAGGCCUUAACCCAAAUUCCUGAUUCUAGCAGACAGUUAGAUUGUUUGCGGCAGCUGGUGGUGGUUCUUUGUGAACGUUCCCAGCUUCAGGAUCUUGUCGAGUUUCCCUACGUGAAUCUGCACAAUGAGGUUGUGGGAAUAAUUGAAUCACGAGCGAGAGCUGUGGAUCUUAUGACUCAUAAUUACUAUGAGCUUCUGUAUGCCUUUCACAUUUAUCGCCACAACUACCGAAAAGCUGGCACAGUGAUGUUUGAGUAUGGAAUGCGGCUGGGCAGAGAGGUUCGGACUCUCCGGGGACUUGAGAAGCAAGGCAGUUGUUACCUGGCUGCUCUCAAUUGUUUACGACUCAUUCGGCCAGAAUAUGCGUGGAUUGUGCAGCCAGCGUCGGGUGCAGUGUAUGAUCGCCCUGGAGCAUCCCCAAAAAGAAACCACGAUGGAGAAUGCACAGCUGUCCCAACAAAUCGACAAAUUGAAAUCCUGGAGCUGGAAGAUCUGGAGAGAGAAUGCUCCUUGGCUCGCAUCCGCCUCACCCUGGCUCGGCAUGACUCAUCAGCAAUUGCAGUUGCCGGAAGUUCUUCAGCAGAGGAGAUGGUCACCCUCUUGGUUCAGGCUGGCCUCUUUGACACUGCCCUAUCACUCUGUCAAACUUUCAAGCUUCCCUUAACACCAGUCUUUGAGGGACUUGCUUUCAAGUAUGUGUAA